CUUUUCUUGCAGAAGUGAUUGUUGUAGUUUUGGAAUCAGAAGAAUUAUUGAUCAGCAAUGCUAUUAACAAAUGUUUUGAAACAGAUAUGAAAAUUGACAUCAUCUCUAUUCCUGACAACAGUGCCAUGGGAACGGCAGACUCGCUCAGGCAUAUCAGAGAUAAGAUAAAGGUGAAAGUUAUUUUAUUAGUUUGGGUGUGGAUCUAAUGUGAGGAUGGGAGGGGUGGGGUGGAGCACAGCCCGCCUAGUUGUGUCUAGCACCCCUGUAGAGAAGUCCAACACCAUCCCAAAAAUUCUUGAAUCUUGAUGUUGUUGGUUACAACAUGAUCAUGUGUGACUGUGAGAGAAGCUCCUCACAUGUAGGUCCAAGUCCUUGAUAAUUAUAGGUAAUAAUGAUAAUGCUGGGAUUUUGUUUGCAGACUGCAAAGGAGAGUGGGCAGUAAGGCUUCAUACAUCACCCAUGAAACACCUGCACCCCAAUUAUUGAUAAUAAUUAUGAAUAUGUGCGUAGUUUAUUGAAGUGAAAUUCAUCAACUUAAGUCCUAAAUGGGGUUAAUUUUCAAUGGUUUUAGACCCAACUCUCAACGGUGAAAAUAUGCGAUUCUGACUAACAUUUUUAAUCGGAUUCGUAUUUCGUACAGUAUGUGCUCAUUUUUUAUCCAUUUGGCAUGAAGAACAUAUCAUUCAACAGCUAAAAGUCUGAUCUUUCCGAAUAUGAAAACAUCUCGGUCAUACGCAGAGUAAUUCAGAUGCAAUUAUAGCGUGCUGAAGUUUGAUUACCUUUUUUUAUACACACUAUAUAAUGUUAUAAACGGAACCCUUAAUUUAUAUAACAUGUGGUAAAUUCAUGGACCGCCCUCAACCGUCUUUGCAUGUUCCAUCUAUCAAUUGAAAAGUCUUUUUCUUAUUUAGAAAGAUGUUCUUGUUGUGAGUUGUGAUCUUAUAGCAGAAGUGAAUUUACAUCAACUCGCCGACAUUCACAGAACGUAUGAUGCAACUCUCACUGUACUUCUGGCUUCCAAUGAAAACAGAGAAAAAGAGAAAGAGGAAAAUACAAAAACGAAGAAAAAGAAAGAUGUCUUAAGUGAGUUGAGAAUUUCCAAUAGACAAACUUGGCUAACGUUUGUUUAGACCCAGUUCAUAACUUUAGAUAACUUACAUAUGCCUAGUUAUAUCAUUGUUCCAGUAUGCAGAAGCAUAGAACAAAGGUAAUUAAGCCUAAGAAUUAUCUACAUGAGUGAAUAACUCUUAUACAUAACAAUCAAUCAAUCAAUCAAUCAUAACUCUAAUGCUUACUUACUUUUGUUCUAUUCCAUGCUUCUGUAAUGUACGUAGAAUGGUAACUAGGCAUGUGAGUUAGAAUUGACGUUUGACCCGAUGGCCUCGUUUUCAUGUCAGGUAUUUACUUAUGUUUCGUGCACAAUAGGGUUAAGAACUUACUUGUUAUUGGGCUCAAGAUCAACCAGGAACCAAAUCCUGAAGGAAACAUGGCAAUAUAACCUUGGUGUGCGUCUGUCAUGCCAACACUGGCAAACACGCAGAUUGCAAUAAUUCAAGAUUUUUACUCGUACCUGACUGGUACGUCAAUGAUUAUUGCCGCGUACUUGAGCUGCUACAAACUUAAGAUUCAAGGUGUACUUAGUACAGGUUCUGGUAGUACAUAUUCAGUAACCUGAAACUAUCCGAGUUAAGCUGGCAAGAAAUAAAGCAAAAUAGUUCGAACAAGAAGGAGCACAAUCGACUCCAACAUUCCUUAUUCUCAUCAGUCCAAUCACAUACGAUUCAUGCUAAGACAUGUCAUAUUUACACAUAUACCUACUGAAUUACGGUUUUGAAUAUCUCGGGCUUGGAAAGGUGAUAUAGCCUUUCUCACGCCGCCAUUUUUGGGUGGCUUUUCAGCCGAAGUCUGCGAGAUAAGUCCACAUCACAGCGACUUUUUAUAAUUUUUUGACGAGUGAUGGUAAAUUUGCUUCGUAAAUGGUUAGUUUAUUUUGAAAAAUUACUUUUCACAUUCAUUUGUUUUAAUUGUCUGCAUUGAUUAACGAGAAUUAGAUGCCACCCAAAAAUGGCGGAUAUUCGUCAUCGUGAGAAAUGCUAUAGUUGGGUAAUAACGACAUAAAUAACAUUGGUCAAAUUUGUCUAUAAUUUCCCAUGAUUCUCGAAACAUUUAAAGAAACAGCAGAAAUCAAAGAAAGAUACUUUUUGCCAGUUUAAUUCUUCGACAAUGCUCUCAUCCUAAAUUCAGUCGCGAGCGUUGCCUCAGCCACAUAACUUUUAGCUUCAGCCUGAUUUCUGGUACAGGUUCAGGCUGCAGUCCCAUCUUGCAGAUCCAGUCUUCAGCCACACUCUGAAAAAUCUUCAACUGUGGCCACAGGUUAAGACAUCAGAGGACAAUGGAGCUCACUCAAAGCUAGAUUAUACUCAGUGCCGUCUUUUCUGUACUCUGAAACAUUGUUUACAAGGCUUUAUUCCUGGGCAAGUUUUUUGACACUUUGUCAGCAUUGUGGAUUGCGAAUGUUUUUUACUUGGAUGAUAUUCGUGCUUGAUUGAUUAAGUAAUUAGAACGUUUAUGUAAAAUCGGUAAAACAAUGCAACACACUAAAAAGGGCUGACGUUUGACCAAGUAUAGAAUUAUUUUGUAAAUGUUAAUCAACCAUUUCUAGACCAGCGGGAUAUUAUUGGUUUGGAUGGACAACAGAACAGAUUAUUGUUUCUUGAUGCUGAAGAUGACCUGGAUGAAAUAUUAAUUUUACACAAAUCUCUAUUAAAAAGGUAACAAAUACAUGAAUUUAGCAAGAUUAUUACUUUAGUGCAAGAAAUUCGCCGCCAAAGAUACUCAUAAAUCUUGCACUGACAAAACGUUUACGCCUAUAUUCUAUAGAUUUUUCUAUCUUCUCGUAUCGGGAAACAUUAGAGAGGUUAAGACUGACGUUUACGGUAGACCGCUAACGCAAAUUUAGAGCUCGAGUGUUUGCUGUUCGAAGUCUCGUUUGAAGUUUCAGUAAGUUUGUGUAUUAAAAUUGAAGCAUACACGAUCGAAUUAGCUACUUACACAGGGAAAAAAAAUUAAAUUUCCUUUAAUGGAAUAAUAAAUAUUAUAGAUUUCCCAUAUGGUAAAUUAGUAAAAACCACGAUGUUUAAUAUUUACCAUUAAAACCACUUAAUAUUUACCAUGAAUAGUAAAUAUUAAACAUCAUGGUUUUUACCAAUUUACCAUAUGGGAAAUCUAGCUAUAAUAACCAAUAAUGGGAAGAGUUCAGUUUUUACAUCGAUAGUAUACAUGGGAAAUCUUUAAAAACCAUUCAAAAACCCAUCAUUGGAAAUUCAAAAAAUUUUCCUGUGUUGGCUGUCGAAAACAUGUAAAAUGCAAUUUGAAGUUUGCGGUAAACGUCGAUCUUACCCUCUCUCUUAUCUCUUUUGCAUCAAAUAUGCAUACUGUAUAAAGCGUGUUCGUAUACACAAUGUCUCCAGGUGAUCCAACACAGAAUAUAUAUCUUAAGAAAUACAGUCCUGAAUACUGAUAGUCUUUCUUCGACGAAAACACAUUCUUUCUGCUAAAAAGUGGAAAAAUCACCUUGAGACCAGUCCCCCUGUUAAUCGAGGUAAUUUGGAAAAUUCUUUCCUGAAAUUGUGAAUUACUUCAUUGCAGAUUUCCAUUCGUAAAUAUCAAAAGUAACCUGGUUGAUGGUCAUCUGUACAUUCUCAAGAAGUGGGUUGUUGAUUUUCUUAUCUCGAACAAGUAAGUU